AUGGGAGAAGCGUGCAGAGACGCGGCGGCGGCGGGCCGGCAGCUGCGGCAGGACGAAGCGGGCGGCGGCGGCGGAGGGCGUCACGCGGAGAAUGAGCUCGUCGGCGACCCGACCCACGACCCGGCCGUCUCGGCGAAGCUGUACGAGGACGUGCCGGCGAUGCCGAUGAUGGUGCUCAACCACAUCUCCCGCCUGUGCGAGUACGUCGAUGCCUCCGUCCGGUUCUACGUCAAGGCGCUCGGAUUCGUGCUCAUCCACCGCCCGCCCGCGCUCGACUUCUCCGGCGCAUGGCUCUUCAACUACGGCGUGGGAAUCCACCUCUUGCAGCGCGACGACGCGCGGAGGGCUCCCGACGUGAAGCCCGGCGGCGAGACGGAGCUGGACCCCAUGGACAACCACGUGUCGUUCUAG